AUGGAUGAAGUUACAACAAAACAAACUAAAGGUAGAAGAAAGUAUAUUUGUACAUAUGAUGGUUGUGGUAGAAGCUUCAGUAGACCAUGUCUAUUACAACAACAUCGUUCUUCCCAUACCAAUGAGAGACCGUAUAUAUGUGAUGAACCUGGGUGUGGGAAACGAUUCAUCAGACCAUGUCAUUUAGCUGUCCAUAAAUGGACCCAUUUACAAGUGAAACCACGACAAUGUAAUUUAUGUGAUAAAGGGUUUAUUACUAAUCAGCAAUUAAAGAGACAUUUAGCAUCACAUGCUAAGAAGGCUAAGAAGUUACAAGAGAAAGAGCUAUUACAACAAGAAAGAUUAAAACUAAAAGAAGAAAAGAAAUCGAAACUGGAACAGAACCCUCAAGAAGAAGAAGAAGAAAAAGAAGAAGAAGAAGAAGAUGAAGAAGAAAUUACAAUUCGUCAUGUAGUUGAAACUGAAGAAGGUAUUGUUAAAGUACAAUGUCCAUAUGAUGAUUGUGAAGUUGAAUAUAGUCCCGGAGAAGAUUUAAUCAAUCAUAUGUUAGAGUAUCAUUUAGUGAAUAAAUUAAAACAAGGACCUGAAAGUGAUGAACAAAUUUGGAAAUAUGCCAAGGAUGAUUAUGCGACGUUACAUAUUCAUGAUCAACCUCAUUCUCAUGAUAAACUUCGUGAUAUCUCUUCAUCUGGUUCAUCGAUGACAGCCAUGUUACCAUCACCACAAAGUGAGAGAACCAAUAGUAUUAGUGAGUCUACAACGACUAUGGUUGAUGUAAUGGAUCAAUUAGAUUUGAAUAAGAUUAUUAAUGAAGAUAGUUCUCCUGAUGAUACUGCUGUAGAUUGGAGAAAUCAUUGUUGUAAAGAGCCUGAUUGUAUAUAUACCGAACCUUUUAUCUCUGUUAUUGAUUUAUUAGAACAUUAUGAUCAAGAUCAUUCUUUCAUUCCUACAUCCCUAGUGAAAUAUGGAUAUUUGUAUAUAUAUGGUAUUCAUACAUAG